AUGUCUUACAAAUUCAUUCUAAGCAAUAAGAGUUAGUUUUCAAAGGAUCGCAACGUGAAUAUAGAUUAUAGUCCAGUUUUUAAUAUGUAUAUUGAUUAUAUAUAGUUUUAGUUAGUUGUAAUAAAAAUUGAAUAUCUUUCCAAUUUUCAAUGACGAUCAUUAAGCCACAACACCUGGGUUUAUCAUAGAAUAUGAGAAAGUAUAAAUGAUUUGUAUGUAAAUUUAGCCUGCGUAUGAAAGCAAUUUAAACUAUCAUUAACAAUUAUUUAAUCAAAAAAUUGAAUAAAUAAAAAUAAAAAAUAAAUAAUUGGUAGUAUUCAUAAUAAGUAUUUAAAGUUGAUUCCAAAGCCAAAGCAUCGUGUUUAGAUAUGUUCGGUUUGUAAGACUAAAUAUACAGAUUACUUAACUGUAUUAAUAAAGAAUUUAAAUUUAAUUAGCAUACUUAAUCAAAUUAGCAUAAAAAGUUGUUCUUAGCAUCUCCUUAUAUAAAGAAGAUUGAAAAGAUAUAAAGCGAUUUGAAUUAACAAAUAUCAAAUUAUAAUUCUUAAUCAACAGACACAGAGGAUGCUUCAUUAUUAGAGUAAACUAAUAGGAAGAAAAUAAAAGUAGAGAUCUCCUAAAUGAUUUCAAAUUACUGA